UUCUAUUAAUAACAAAAACUUGGAACAACGACCAAAACGAACAUCUAAACAAGCAGCACGUAAAUAUAUGGAAUACAAUCUACCACAGAAAAUUUUUAUAAGUUUGUGUAUUGUACCUUUAAUAAAUUAUAAAUGGCACUGGGAUAAGAUUGAUGUAUGGAAUUCAUUGUGUAAAAAAAAUGAACCUAUAAAAUUCCUGUUGCAAAUUGGAGUAAUUAAUUUCAAUGAUAAUUAUUGCACAAAAUUACUCCCAUCAUCAAUGAUAUCCAAUAUUCAAAGUCAAUUAAAAAAUGAUGAUGUUGAUAUAAUUUAUUUCGAUGAUAAAAAAGAACAUGGCAUAGAAAAACUUAAAGUUGAUAUUGAUGAAAUUGUAGUUAAUUAUCUAAAGAAUUUUGAGAAUUGUUAUACAUUAAAUGAACUAAGACAGGCAUUGAAUAAGAAUAAUGUACAUGCAGAAACAAACACACCAUUUAAUCUAAAAUAUGCUUAUCAAUUCUUUAAUAAUAUGUACAAUCUUUAUUCAAAUGAUAUACUUAUUAGAGACUUAAGUGAAGAUGAACUUUCAAUAUAUGUUUGGAGCUCACUUAUCAACCAUGUUUUUAUUAAAAUAGGUUACAACAUAAAAUUUUCUAGGUAA